CUCUCUCUCUCUCUCUCUUCAAUUCUUGAUGUUGGGUAGAAAGACAGAAACAUGUGAUACCUCAUGUCGUGUGUCCCUCGACGACUACUGGCAAAAUAUCUCUUCACCAUUCACUAAACACUUGAGAUCAAGUUGAGAUGAUUGGGAAGUCUAUCACUUUCCCUAUAUGUACAGAACAACACAUACCAAUGGUAACAGCCAAUACUUGGUCUUUCUCUUGCUCUUUGGAUUCUUUGAAAUCUUCCUCUUGUUCUUGUUCUUCUAAAGAUCCUCAUCCACACAAAGUCAUGGGUAUCCGUUUGCCUGGGUUGAUUCAUGCUAAGCAAAUCCUCCGACGAUCUCUUUCACAGGGAAACCAGUUAGCUGCCGCAGUUACUGAUGUUCCUAAAGGUCACUUAGCAGUCUAUGUGGGGGAGACACAGAAGAAGCGAUUUGUGGUUCCAGUGUCCUACUUGAACCAGCCAUUAUUUCAAGACUUGCUAAGUCAGGCUGAAGAAGAAUUUGGUUUUGAUCACCCAAUGGGUGGUCUUACAAUUCCAUGCAAAGAAGACAUCUUCAUUGAUCUCACUUCUCGUUUGAAUGGUCUGUGCAUGAGAAAGUAGGAAACCGGGAGGGAAAAAUCAAUUUAGUAAAUGAGGGAGGGCCCAUUUCAUGUAUAUAUCUAUACUUAUUUUUUGAGAGGUGAGGAAUGCAGCCAUGAGAGAGAGAGAGAGAGAGAGAGAGAGAGAGAGAGAAAUCUUUGUACUUAAACUAAUUGAGUGAAAGAGGAAAUUUUUUGUAAACAGAGAGGUGUAAAGAAGAGAGCUUGUAAUCCUAUUCUCAAUUGCUAAUGAAGUCACUCUCAUUUCUUCAUGGACA